AUGAUCGUAAUACAAUAUAUUUGUGUUUUCCUUUAUGUAUGUCAAAUGUCGAAGUUUACUUAUUCCAAAGUAAUCGGAAGACCCAAACAAAGUUUAAGAGUAGAUUUGCCAAAAUGCUCAUCAGAUGAUUGGAUUUGUUUUGAAAGUAAAAUCAUAAACAAUUCUUCAGUCAUGGCGUAUUUUAGUAGAUAUACUUAUAUUCUAUGGUCAUAUUAUUACGAAGAUGUGAAAAACAUAAACGAUAAUGAAACGAAUAGUAUGACCAUUGAAAUACAAAACGAAGAAGGGCCAACUGAUUACGAUUAUUAUAAUGAAUUGGAACAAGGGAUUUCGAAUGAAGAUUCCACGAACAAAGUGAAAAGAUCACUUGAACUCGUUGAAGAACGACCCCCUGAAGGAACUUAUCGUCCUCCACUCAAUGAUGAUGAUACUAGAACCGUUCGUUCAUUGCCUGAUAUACCUUCAACGCCCUCAAUGCCUUCUGAGCCAUCAAUGACUUCUGUGCCAUCAAUACCAUCUUCGCCUUCUUUGCCCACAUCUUCUACCUCGCAGCCACCUACAAUGCCUUCCAUGCCAUCAAUACCUCAACCACCUACAAUGCCUCCAAGUGGACCAAAUACAGAAGCGCCCAAAUACGAAGUAACGACCCAAAAACAGGAAGUAGAACAGCUUGAGACUACUACGGAAGACUAUGGUAAUAUUGGUGAACCAAAUUGCGAUUACGAUCCUCUUUCCUUUGUUUUAAAAUGUGGUUUAAAUUUAAUCACUAGUAUAUUUGGAUUAUCUGAUACAUGUUGCAAACCAAUAAUUUAA